AUGGACACCAACCAGGACACUUCCCUCUUCCUGAUGAAGAUCUUGGAGGAGCUGGACAGCAAGCAAAACACCGUUUCCUACCAGGAUCUGUGCAAGUCCCUGUGUGCCCGCUUCGACCUGUCCCAGCUCGCCAAACUGAGAAGCGUCCUCUUCUACACGGCCUGUCUGGACCCCAACUUCCCGGCCACGCUGUUCAAGGACAAGAUGAAGUGCCCCGGGAACAACCAGCAGUCGAAGAAGAUCAUGGUGGCCGCGGACGUCGUGACCAUAUUCAACCUGAUCCAGAUGAACGGGGGCGCGGCCAAGGGCAAGCUGCCCACGGGCCGGCAGAAGGGGCGCCACAAGGAGGCGCCCUUCGAGCCCUGCGGGUCGGACGCGGAGGCCUGUGCCGCGGCCCAGUGCGAGCCCCUCGGCUGCGAGCUGGGCGACAGGCCCUUCCGCCGGGGCUACCCUGCCCGCCAGGCGUCCCACGGCCGGAAGGUGGACCCCAAGGACCGCCCGUCGCAGUUCGUGCCUGCCUCCGAGCCCAACUUUCUGCUGGGCGUCGGCAAGGAGCUGAAGAGCCGCGCGGCCUCCCUGGACCGGCUGCAGGCGCUGGCGCCCUACUCCAUCGCCAGCCCCCAGCCCUGUGAGAUGCAGAGAACCUACUUCCCCAUGAACAUUGAGAGCGAGCCCAUCUCAGAUCAGGACUCCCUGCCCAUGAGCCAGGGUGGCAGCACGGAGCCCUUUGUCAUCCAGUCCUGUGUCCAGAAGAGGAACAUCUUUAAGGAGGAUUUUCACAACCUGAUGGCCGUGUCGCCCACGCUGGUUGGCCCCGCCAACAAGGGAGAGGUCGAGCGUGGGGAGCCCCGGGGGCACCAGGAGCCCCACAGGACACCCUUCUUCAACCACAGCUUCGAGAUGCCCUACAACAGCCAGUACCUGAACCGCACGUACUCCCCGGUGCCUGACAAGAGGCGGGCCAAACACGAGAGCUUGGACGACCUGCAGGCCUCCACGUAUUUUGGGCCCACCCCAGUGACGGGGGCGCAGGAAGCCAGGCGCUGCCCGGGGAGGCCGGGCAAGCAGACCCCCUGGCCGGCCAAAAGCUGGAGCCUCAACACCGAGGAGGUCCCUGACUUUGAACGGUCCUUCCUAAACAGAAACCCCUCUGAGGAGAAGCUGCGAUAUCCACACCCCAGCAGCCAGACCCCGAGUUUCCCAGCCCCAGACAGGCGGCCCACUUACCUCGCGCCAAGCGACCCACAGCAGGUCCUUCCCGGGGGCUACGCGGCAAAACCAGAUGGGCUCAAACCUAAAGAGGUCUCCUCCCCUGUUGACCUGGAGAAGCACGAGCCGGUCAGAAAGUUCAAAGACAAGAGCAUUAGCUGCACGGGGGCGCAGCUCAGCUCAGACACCAGCAGCGUGGGCACCCAGACCGAGCAGCACGUGUUGGAGCCCAAGAAGUACAAGGACCUGUGCGCCUCCGGACAGAGCAAGUACAGUGACAGGCACGCCAUGAAGCAGUCGGACGACGACUCGGAGGUCGUCAGCGAUGACAUCAGCGACAUUUUUCGAUUUCUUGAUGACAUGAGCAUCAGUGGCUCCACGGGGGUGAUGCAGUCCUCCUGCUACAACAGCACAGGGUCCUUGUCUCAGCUUCACAAGUCGGACUGUGACAGUUCGCCGGAGCACAGCGUAACCAAAAUCACCAACGGGCUUCCCGGUGGCAAAGGAGAAAAGGGCAGCCGGCCCGAAAGCAGCAGCCACCGCUCCGAAGAGGAGCUGAAGACCAGUGUGUGCAGGCUGGUGCUGAGGAUCGGCGAAAUCGAGCGGAAGCUUGAGUCGCUGUCGGGUGUCCGCGAGGAAAUUUCGCAGGUCCUGGGCAAGCUAAAUAAGCUGGAUCAGAAAAUGCAGCAACCCGAGAAGGCGGGUGUGCAGGUCGACCUGAAUUCCUGGACGAGCGAGGCUCCGUCCGACGAGAGCGCCUCUCCCCGGAUGUUUCGUGGGCACAGCGGCCCCCGUGGACCCAAACCCGAGAACGCAGCCGACUGGUGCUGCUCAGAGGCCAGCGGAAGCAACAGCGAGAGCCUCCGCGUCAAGGCCUUAAAAAAGAGCCUCUUCACCAGGCCAUCCUCGAGGUCCCUGACGGAGGAGAACAGUGCCACGGAGUCCAAAAUCGCCAGCACCUCCAACUCGCCCAGAGACUGGCGCACCAUCACCUACGCCAGCCGCGCGGGCCUCAGUGAGGAGGAGGUGAAGGACAGGGGCCCCGGGGAGAGUAAGGACUGGCACCAGAAAUCCAAAGAGGCGGCCGGGCCAUACAGCGUCCCCCCGCAGCACCGACUGCCCAAGCAGUGCAAGGACAGCUUCCUGGUGGAGCAGGUGUUCAGCCCGCACCCCUACCCCGCCUCCCUCAAAGCGCACAUGAAGAAUGACCCCCUGUACGCAGACAUGCGGCUGACAGAACUGGCCGAGGUGAAGCGGGGCCCGCCCUCCUGGACCAUCGAGGAGUACGCAAGGAACGCGGGCGACAAGGGCAAGCUGACGGCCCUAGACCUGCAGACGCAGGAGUCCUUAAACCCAAACAACUUAGAAUACUGGAUGGAGGAUGUUUAUACCCCGGGCUACGACUCGUUACUGAAGCGUAAGGAAGCGGAGUUCAGACGAGCCAAGGUCUGCAAGAUCGCCGCUCUGGUCGCCGCUGCCGCGUGCACGGUCAUCCUCGUGGUUGUCGUGCCCAUCUGCACGAUGAAAUCCUGAGCCCAGGGCCGCCCCGCCGUGCACGGCUGGCGGCCGCCGGCUCUCCCUCUGUGGCGUGAGGUCUCAGGGCCGUGUGGCGACCGCUCGCUGGGGUAGAGACGCAGCCGCUGAGGCUUUCUGCCGGUGGGCAAGAUGCGCUUCAGGAAGUGUGCGUUCUAGAGAGACCUACCCUCCCAUUGGCUUUGACUCAGUGACGCUCGGAUGCGUUGUUAGAAGUGCAAUAUCUUUUCCUACCAAAAGAAUGUAACGGACGAGCAGAACAUGCAAAUUGAAUUCCAAGCAAAAAAAAAAAAUUUAAUUGGAUUCUUUCCAUUUUAUUGAAGUCUCGCGGUGGGGAAUAUGUUACGCGGCAGAUAUUUGCUACGUGCCUGCCUGGGGCCGCGGAGGGAGAGAGCUGGAUGAGUUCUGUUUUCCUUAAUGUUGCGUUGCAGGUGAAGUCACAGGUUGUGUGUCCCCAGAGGAUGCUACUUCUCUGCUGACUCGCAGCAAGGACUACGACUUUUCAAUCUUGCCCUUCGGUCACCAUUAUGAUCCUCGUUGCAGAUCUUCAUGGAACAUUCUGGGUCUUUCUCCUGCGCACGGCGUAGGGAGGAGCUCACCUGCCGAGUCAGGCAUAGCAUGGAGUGUGCUCCCUCUGCGUACGAGGCUGAGGGACCCGGGCCGGGAGCUCUUCCUGUCCGCACCCCGGCGUGUGGGGAGAGCUGCUCACCAACACCGUAAGGUCAGUACUGGAAAAUCACGGCCACCCACGCGGUCUCCCAUGUGCUCCUUGGUCUUCUGUCUCCUGGUGGUACCGGGCACUCUGCUUCUCACACGUGAGUCGGAGAGUUUGGAACGUGUCCUUGUGCCUUGAGGAGUAGAGACGAGGUAGAAACUUUGACAUUCUAACUGCGGACCGUGGUUUCUAUGUGCCACAAAACCACUUCCGGUGGCUUUCACAGGAUCUUGAAAGCUUGUCAGUCAUACGAUAAAGGCGCGGAGGUGUUCUCCACAACGCAGCACCAACUCCAGAGUUCCAAAUACUUGUCAGCAGCGCAAAAAAAAAAAAAAAAAAUCUCUAUUUAACCAUUUACGUAUCUAUCUGUGUAUGUCUAUCUGAACACCAGUUUUGGUUGAUUGUCCUUCUUUGUUAAAUAACUUGAGAGCAAGGUUUCUCCAGCGUACAGGAAGCUGUUGUAAUUUGAUCAGAAUUUGAUCCCAGUUUCCACCUGUUGAAUGGUGCUUUGACAUAAUUACACGGAGAGAAUCCUUUUCAGCGUUUGACUCUAAUGUCUUGGUACAGGGUCAAAGAACAAUGAUUGGCAGAAACUCGCUACCUUAAUUCUUCUGAGAACAAGGUGGGUUAUGAACAAAUGUUGAGAGUAGGAAAAAGCACUCUGGACGGUACAAUAAAUUCCUGAAAGAGGGGUUUGGGGAGCGUCUCAGAUUUGAAAGCAGUAGGAUCCAGCAUCCGUUCCCAAGACCUUCGAAUGACUCUCAGCUUGCUCUGUCGAGGUCUACGUUUCCCCACACGGGGCAGUCGGAACAUUUCACGCUGUGAACAACUAAGGGACGGAUGCUUUUGUCUGUAGUGAGCCUUCAUGUUUAGGGGCCUUUAUGUCACUGUUUUUAUUCUCCUGUUUAUCUGUGGACUUUCAACUAGGUGACUGAAACUUAAGCCUUAGUAUGCAGAACUGAGGGUUUAUCGUUGAAAAUGAAAAAAUAUAUAUAUAUACAUACGUUACUGUCUAUUGUCAGAAUUUUCGUCUUCUGGUGCUCUGUUCUGGGUUGGGGACAUUAAAUAAGGUUGUUUCACCCUCAAGGGGGAUAGUGGGUUCCCACCUGUAAGAGUUGGGAGCUACCCUAUCCGCUCUCCUGCCGUGCAGGACGGCUCCGUGACACGGUCCCCCUUAUCACAGAUUAAGCCACGAGAGCAUCAGAGAUAGGUAGCUCCCAACCUCUUGCUCCAUGAUGUGCAGAGAAGUGGAGAUGCACCAACCAGGGAUGAGAAAAACCUUGUCCAAGCCCAACCCCUGCUGUCCUUGCCAGGUAGGACCAUGGCGGAUGGCCCAAACUGCCAUCGCCUCUUCCUAACGGGCCCUGCUUGAGCCACGCGUCUAGCUACCGAGGCAGGGUGUGUGACCAUAAGCCCCACCCCGUGUGCGGAAGAGAAGGGACUCUGUAGAAUUUUCUUCUCCCCUUUUCCCGUCUGAGGAGGUAGCAGAGAAAUCUCGUCUGGCCCUCCGUCUAAUGUGGCUUUAAAAUUCAACUCGACAUCAUCGCCACAUGACGGAGAAGAAACACCCAGGGCUGGUGAUGCCCCUGGGGAACCCGAUGGCCCCAGUGGGGACGGGUUGUCCCCAGCUUUAUCGCUUGGAGUGUGGUACCAAGUUAGGGAUCUUUGCCACAGCUUGAAGCUGACAGAUGCUCGGAGCCUUGGGAUCUAGAGAAGGUGGAGUUCACGGCUGGGUCUUUUCUCUCUCCUGACCCCAUGCUUGUGACAGCCUUCUUUCCCCGGACCCCCUCACUCUAGCCGUCCCCCCUCCCCCAUCCCUGUACUUGCAGAGCGGGGCAAGACCAGAGUCUGGCUGGGAAGGAGACUUCUCCUCAUCCCGUGUGGACUGGCCUGACUCCCGUAGCGGCCGUCACCUUGUACCAUCGUCUCCGGCGCAUUCACAGGAAGUACGAUUUCCCAUGCCUGGCGCCUAGAAUCAUACACUAUCAAAAUUCACUUCGUUUCUCUUGCUUUUGAAAAGUGAACAAUCAGAUGUUCUCACUUAAGGGAUUGUCCUGAAAUCAGAUACCCUCAGCCAGUCAUUAAAUUCAGAAUAAUCAUAUUCCUCUCUUCUAGUCUGAAUUUGCUUCGAACACAGCCUUGCAGAAAAGCAAAAAAAUGUCUCCCGGCUUGGUUUUCGGAUAUUUUACGCCACCACCCCCUUCUUUAAACUGCAGAUACGGUCAAAGCACGUUCCUCUGUAUCACCAUUACUAGCUGACCGUCGCGCGUUAGUAUUUUAGGGCAUGGGGCUACGCGAUUGCUACCUGCCAGGCCACUUUAGUAGAUGUGCCGACGCUCGCUGCUCUGAUGUGCCGUGAGUCCCGAUGCCCUUAUCGGAAUCGAGGCAGUGCUGUUUUUGUUUACAGUUUAUCAGUGUACGAGCGACGGCACCUCGUUUUUUUUAAACAACGGAAAAGUACUGCCAACAGUAAAUGAUUCUGUUAAGAGGUGUAGCAAUUUGUGAAUGUUGAAAUUCAACAUGCUUCAUAUUAUAACCAACUUGCAAGAACAUCAUGGUCCAUCGUGUGAAUACCAAAUCAGUAUAUACUGUAUAUUGUACUACAGAGAUUUGUAUUUAAAGGCAAAGAUAUUAGUAAUUGUUGGGAUAAUUGGGGAAAGGGUAUUAGAUAUUUAUUGAUGAACAAUGAAAACUGCGACAGACUUCCUUAUUUAUGCCUUAUGAAUAAAAGGGUGUGACUUUUAAGUUCUAUGUGCGAGACUCGGGGAGCAGUGGGUAUUUUUGAAGGCGGGGACUGUCAACCUUUUCUAUGUUUGCUCUGUACAGCUGUUAGCACACUCUUGGUGCUUGAUCAACGUUAUAUAAUACCAAUAACUAAGCACAUUUUUAGAUCUUUUUUCAAGUGGCUUGUGUAAAAUUUGGUUAAUGUACAAUGGUUGAUUGGAAGCUAUCAUAGAAAAUCUGCCUCUCCAAAUAUAAUCAAAAAUAAACUGAAAAAUUACAAGAUA